AACGCCACAACCCCAGAGUCAGUCAUGACUGGACCUAAUGGUCAGGGGUCCCUUUACCUUUACCUUACUUUCCUAUUAUAAAGAUGAAGCUUAUUUGCCCAAUAUUAGUCUAUGAAAAAAAUUGUUUGAUACCUUUUUUGAUACUAAAACUGGAAUUCUAUACUCACCUGAGAGUUAAGUUCCACUGAGCUAAGGCUUCUGAGUGGACUCGCUGUAAGUUGCCCCUUAUUUUCUGAAGUGUCUACUCAAGGCUAGUUGAGCAUUAUCAUGUAGCAACUGCUUUAAAAUGCCCAGACUGAGUCCAAACAAAUUCCUCCCUUGGGUAGGAAAGUGCAACUGAUAAAUGAUAGAAGUACAGGAUUUCUGUGCAAAAUAUCUAUAGCUCUAGCAAUUUUAAUGAAUACCACUAGUGAUAAAAUUUGCCAUCACCUACUUAGGCUUUCCUGAAAGGAGCAAUUAAUGAGGAAAAUGACAAUUAGCAAUUUUUAAACUUCCAAGAAUCCGUCUACAGCAGAACUAACAAUCCUUCCCCAAAGCAAGAGUUCUAGUUUUUACUCUGCUUGAUGAAGAUUUUAAAACCUAAAGAGACAUAAGUAGAACAGCCUUCCACUUGAGUUUUUCAGCAUUCAAAUUUUAAAGCUGUUAAUUUUAAAUCUGCUACAUAUGCCCCCAGCUACUGGAUAAUACGCAGAGCAGGGUUGCUGUGAUAUUGAAGCUGUGGGACUUUUCUUGAGGAAAUUACCUUGCCCCUUCCCUCUUGAUUUUAAAUAUUUGCCAGGCCAAAGUGUCCACUUUCUAGAGGAUUUUUGAUUGGCUCUGCUGAGUGCUUUUGGCUUUAUUUCUGCUGCUCUGUUUAAUGUUGCUUAUUAGUAUUCAUGGGGCAGAGGUCGUUAGUGUUGCAUCCAGGGGCACAAUGGUGCCCCUGAAGCCUUUUCCUAGUGCCCACAAAGCCUCUGAAUGCUUCCCUGAACUGCCACCUUGGUCAUGACGGGGUAAUGGUAGUUUACUCCCCGCCCCCGAAAAGUACAUACAGCUGAAGGAGGAAGUUGGAAGAAUGGCACUCUUCUUUCCUGUUUCAGCUCCAUGUGCUUUUCUAGGUUCAGGUUAAUUCUACCUAGAUCCCUUGGAAGUAAGAUGUGCAUGCACUUCCUUUCUUCGGAUUGGGGGGCAGAAGUGACCAGGGUGGUGGUACCCAUGGCACUUGCUCAAACAUCCAGAUGUGCCCACAGACCUAAAACAUGUGAAAGGGAGGUUACAAAUAUUUUAGUAUAUAGUGUGUGUGUGUGUGUGUGUGUGUGUGUACACACACACACGUUUAAGUUGUUUUCAGACUUUAUUCUCAGUAUUGGUUCUUCUUCACUGAGGCUGUUGUCAAGGAAUAUGGUAUAAAUAAAUGCUAUGCUGCUCAUGCUCUAGUGCUUGGAACACCUGUUUUGAAACUUCAGUUAAGACUUGCAGCCUUUCUUCACGCUAAGAAUGGGAUUUUGUGGCCAUGACCUAUAUUCUUGGUCAGAAUCAAUGACAUCAGCCAAAGCCGAGGGUAGAGAAUAGGGAGCUUUAAGGAUCAGGACCUUUCCCCUUUGUAUAACUGCCUUUUAAAAUGUUGUUGAAGUCAAAACAUUUAUGUUUUAAUACAGUGAAAUAGACGUGUCUAGGUCUCAUUCCUUCCGUAUUAUUUUUGCUCUCAAGUUAUUCCCAUACAAAUCUGAAAGGCAACAUACUCAGCGUAUAUCCUUGAGUGCACAAAAGAAAGUGUGGGGAGGCGAGAGAAAGAGGCCAGACCUUAAUGUACCUGAAACACUAGAUUAUUCCCCAAAGUCUUUUUAAUGGCUCUCAUCCUAUGUUCACUUUUAAGUUUAUUUGAGAUUUUCUUCCAAGUAAAUGUGUAUAAUAUGGUAGCCCAGGUUUUGUUUUCACUGUGGAAACUUGGUGUUGCUGUGUUUCUUUUUAAGUGGAUGACUAGAGUGUGAAGAAAACUAACAUGAUUAAAACUGGAUUUGAGCACUGACAGAGUUCCUGUAGGUAUUAAGGAUUAGCAGUAACAGCUGUUGCUCUUCUCAUUAGUAGAGAGAGUAAAGAACUUUUUUCCUUAAAGGAUGUUUGCCUGGCAGGCUGAAGGAGAAAAUUGCUGAGUGUCUGAAGGAACAUGUGUCCCAAGGUAGAGGAAGAGAUGAAAGUUCAGGCGCUUUUUGUUGUGUGGGCAUUGACAAUCCUGUGCUUAGUUUCAUACACCGCAGCAUUCUCCCAUGGGGCCAGUCUUUCGGCAUGUACUGAUAUGAGGCCCAAACAUAUCAGAGCUCACCUUCAGAACCCGCAGAAUAACUAUAUUACCAUCCAUACCAAUAUAUCCUUUUUUCCAGGUGACAAGGUUCCAGUCACCGUCAGGAGCACGCGUGAUUUCAUGGGCUUUAUGCUUCAAGCUCGCAGGGUAUCAAACGAUCAAAUUGCUGGCACUUUUGUUUACAUUCCUCCUGGCUCCAAAGUGCUGACUUGUUUUGAAGAUGGCGACACUGUUACCCAUUCAGACAAGUCACUGAAGAGAAACCUGUCGUUCGUGUGGAAAGCACCCGAUCAGCCCAUUGGAGACAUCAGGUUCUUUUUAUCAGUCGUCCAGUCGUACUUUGUUUAUUGGGCAAGGAUUGAAUCUUCCACUGUGUCUCAACAAACACAAAACAGAACCACAGCUGAAAGUAAUGUAGCCCCCAGUGUAAUAAAGCCAACACCUCUUCAAAAGUCUACUGAUCUAAAAGGAGCAUUUGCUGCAGGGAAAGAAAGUUCCACUCCUGACACCAUCUUAACUCAGUUUGCAAAAUUUACACAUACUAGUCUCACUCGGCUUGCAGCCACAUUGAUUUUGGAUCCAUCUUACAGUGGACGACAAGUCUCUGAGCCUCCUGACAAUGGAAAUGCUCUGUCUGAAUCCCUUGCAGACUUGGUCACUUCACAUGCCAUCAGUCGCAGUAGAGAAAGACAAGCUAUUGGAAGUGGCACAGUUGGUGAUCUCACACUGGAGCCAUCACUUCAGUUCCAGGAUCUCGGCUUCAUAGCACAACAUCAUUCCUCCAGCCACAGCAUGUACAACAGGAGAGAAAAUACUUCAAGCUUUCCCAUAUCACAGCUUUGCUCUACAUGUAAAAAAGGCAUGGAGACACAGGCAUGGUGUGUAGACCACAGAGAAAACAGGCCGAGCAAAGAAGUGCAUUUGGAGGUUUCUGCAACACCUAACCCAGGCCUUAGCAAGUCUGUGCUACCCGUUACAGCUUCACCGCUGGUCCACUUCCGGGAUCCUCUACGCCUUCCAGGCAUGGGAACAAUAUCAGAGCAUUUAGGUAGUGAAGAGGACAUGAGUGUCUAUCAAAGUUUAUCAGGAGCUUCAAAGAAGAUGGCAGAGAAACAAGCAGCGACGUGGGUCGUUCCAGCAAACUUCCUGCCCCAGGCUGAACUUACAUCACAUGAGCAGGAGGGAAAGGGCAGAAAGGAUAUCCCUGGGAACACACUCCUGAAGGUAACAAGAGCCAUACCCAAAGCUACUGUUCCUGGAGGAGGAGGAGGAGGAGGAAAGCCACGCAAGGAGUCCCAGCUUGUAGUAGCUCAGCUGGGUGUUCUCCUUGGAUGCUCUGCUGUCCUCAGCAUGGUGCUGGCUGUUGGUCUACGCUGCAUCCAUUCCCAGUAUUGUCACAAGCGAACGGAAGUGUCCUUUAGUGAGCCAGAAAAUAAUGCCAUGGCACUUCAGGAGAAUGGGGAGAUGAUGCAUUUCAGAAAAAUACGAGAGAACAGCUUUGUUCUGGUACAGGCAGAAUACAACUGGAUCAGCCCAUCAGGCAGUGGGAAAAAAGCUGUUCUCUAGGAUGUCUACUAGCUCAUGGUGGUUGUUCUUCCUGUUAGAUGUCAGAUAGCUUCAUCUGUAGGCCUGCAGUAGAAAAUAAUAGCACAGGAAAUGGAGCAGUUGCAUAUAACCAUCUAAGCAAACCUGUUUUGUGUACACAUGAUUUUGUUGCAAUGCAGAUGUAUCUAGCUACUUUGCAGAUAUUAUGCAGAUGUUCUUACUUUCAGAUAUGAAAAUAUAAAGGUAUGUUUUGUUCAAAGUGUAACUCUUAAUGCAAUUAAUAUUGCAUACCUGCUCAUUAAAUUGGACUAUUGUUGCUA